AUGUAUAUAUAUAUAUUUAUUUAUUUAUUUGAAGGAGUCAAUUGGAUGAGACGUGCAUUUGAUGCUAAUGGAAAGUAUCACCAAUUUGAUUUGAAUAUGCCAAGGAAGGUACCACCGCGUAAAGAUGGCUAUCAAAAAUUUGCUUCUGAUGCUCCGUUAACUGAAAUGGGUUAUUUACAGUCUAAAUUAACAGGACGAGGAAUUCAUGAGAAGGGUAUUAAAAUUCAACACAUUUUUUGCUCUCCAGCGUUAAGAUGUGUACAAACUGCAGUUGGACUGCUGCGAGGAAUGAAUUUACGGAAUGUGAAAAUUAACAUUGAACCGGGUCUUUUUGAAUGGACUAAGUGGUGCCAAUCUGGAUUGCCAUGUUGGAUGAGCGCAAGUGAAUAUGAGGAAAUUGGUUACAACGUUGAUCCGACGUAUAAACCAUAUGUACGGCCAGAAGAUCUUUCCACAAAAGAAACUGUUGAAGAUUUCUAUGAACGUUCCUAUAAACUUGUUCGGGAAAUUACCAGAAAAUAUAGUGGUACAAUAUUACUGGUUGCUCACGGCGCAUCGUUGGAUACACUGACGAGAAGACUUUGUGGUGGUGCAACAAGGAACCAACAGGAACUUCUGUUUAUUUUGCAAAAGACACCAUAUGUGGCCUGUGCUAUGGCAAAAGAAAAUUCCAGCAAAGUUUGGUCAUUAUGUCCAUCACCAGUACUUCCAUUAACACAUUCGGCUAACUAUUCCUAUGAUACAAGGAUUUUAACGAUCAAUCGUAUGCAGCUGAAAACAGGUUUCUAUGAGUAA